AUGGAAGAAAUACCUCCCUCAACUGCACAGGGAUUUCUGCUUUUAUAUAUAAAUAUAGAUCAAACUGAAGAAUUACUUGCUCACUCAAAGAGAAAUGUGGUUUGUGCAAAAAAAGAAGUCAUCUUGUCUUAUUAUCAUUUUGGGAAAGCAGAUGCAGAAAAACUUAAAGAGUUACUAAAGAUAUUGAUCCUCUUACGCAUGGCACAGA